CUCCCUCCCUCCUCCUUCUCCCCCCCUCCUCCCUCCCGAGAUCUUUGCUCUCUAUUCCCUUCGCUCCUUUCUCCGUAAGGCUUCCAUGUAGAGAGUCUUACAUGGGAUGUCAUACUGUUUUUCUUUAUGGGAAAAUUGUGGAUGAUCUCAAAUAGCCAAAGCUUAGAUUCAGGAUUGAUUGCUUGCUUAUCCAACAAGUAGUAAAUAAUUUCAGAGGAUGGAGAGCGGUGGUCAGUAUGAAAAUGGGCGUUACAACCCCGAUUACUACAAAGAAGGAACACACUCUGUCUGGAAUGCGAUGCCUAAUCAUCAUCAGACAAAGGAGGACCAACAUAAUGCUCUGGUCAUGAAUCAGAAGAUCAUGUCCAUCCUUGCCGAGAGAGACGCUGCCCUCAAGGAAAGAGACGACGCCCUGGCUGCCAAGCAGGAAGCUUUAGCCGCUCGGGACGAAGCACUUGACCUACGCGACAAAGCUCUCUCUCUAAGAGAUAAUGCUAUUCUGGAGAGGGACAGUGCCUUAAGUGCUCUUCAGUUCCGUGAACACAAUCUAAACUACAUUUUGUCACGUGCAAAGCUCGGUGCCUCCCAAAGCUCUCACUUACCCAACCCUUCCCCCUUGUCAACUAUUCCACAUGAAGCUGCUCCAAGUAAAAGGAAGAAAAAGCGCAAACAGGAAACAAGGUCAAAGGGAAAGAGAGUAGGCGAAGAUCAUGUUGCUUCUCCUGGAAAGAAAUGCAGAAAAGAUUGGGACAGUAACGUUGUCGGCUUAAACCUUGUCACCUUCGAUGAGACGACAAUGCCAGUGCCCAUGUGCACUUGUACUGGUACUGCUCGUCACUGUUACAAAUGGGGGAACGGCGGGUGGCAAUCAUCAUGCUGCACUACCACUUUGUCUCUGUAUCCUCUUCCGCAGAUGCCAAACAAGCGCCAUUCUCGAGUGGGCGGUAGGAAAAUGAGCGGAAACGUCUUCUCCAGGCUACUUAGCCGUUUAGCUGGCCAAGGCCACGACCUCUCCUCUCCCGUUGAUCUCAAGGAUUAUUGGGCUAGGCACGGCACCAAUCGCUACAUCACCAUCAUGUAGGCAAAUCUGGACAUCACCAGAUGUUCCAGCAACUCAACAUCAGCCAGUUAAGACAGGAGCCACAGUCCCAGCAGAACCUGAAUGGUAACAUGUCAGCAAAAUGGACAAGUAGACCGGGUGUUGAGGUGUUGGCUGGAUCAAAGGAUUGGAGUUGCAUAUCAACUAGGCAAACAGUAUAUUUAUUUAUUUUAUCUAUGUGCAGUGUGUUGAAUUAUUAUGUAUAUUACAGAUGAAAUCCAGUUAUAUUUCAGAUCAUGGUAGAUAUAUAAUGUGGUUGUAAUGGCGGGAGGGUCAAGAGAUUGAGGUUGAGACAGAGAGAUUCUCUGUUUGUUUGGUGCUUUUGGGAUCCUACUCCUCUGAUUGUUAAGUUUUAUAUGAACUGUAGUUAACAGGCCGGGCCUCAUUUUAGGCCUAAUAAAAAGCAUUUCGUGAA